UUCUUCUUUCCUUUCUCCCUUUCACUUACUAUUAAAAAGAAGUAAAGAAAACAAAGAAUAUGGAUGGUAGAGGAGGGUGCUGUAUUGCUAGGUACGCGCCUGGUGCGUACGAUAUGUCCAAGGUGGACAGGAUAAUGCUUAGGUUUCGCCCUAUCGCUCCCAAACCGGUGGCCGGAGCUUCCGCCACCGGCGUUACGGCCUCUGAUGGUUCUUCGUCGGAGAGCAGUGAUGCCUUCUCGAAAAGCUGCGGUAGAACCAAAAGAAAGUACGUCAGAGACAACAACACCGGUAAAAAUAAUAAUAAUAAUAAUAGAAGGACCCGCCGGAGGAAGACAACGACGUCUUCAUCGGGAAAUAACCGUCCGGCGCCGGUGAUUACUCUCCCUUUGCUUCCAGAAACUCCUGAUCCGAAGGAAUCACGCAACGACAACCACAGCAACACCAACAGCAACGGCAACAACGGCUUGAGCAAGAACGUGCCGGUGUGGCCGAGUUUCGAGAACUCCGACGGCGGUUCCGAUCCGUACUGGUACGGCGGCGCGUCGUCGUACUCGUGCGUUACGGUGGAAUGCGUGACGGACACUUGGAGAGAAGGUGAGGGGUUGCAGGUGCUAGGUGGUACGGACGAGGAGCGGAAGGUGAAUCUUGGUGAGGACACGUGUCCAGGGUUCAUAUCGGACGGUUACGGGAGAGUGACGUGGACGAACGGCGCGUACAGGGAGAUGGUUGGGCAGAAAAAUGAGGGUGCGGUGGUGGUGUUGGCUAUGAAGGUUGGUGCAGUGGUCCCUUACCCUUGUUCCUUCACGUGCAGGGUGAGGGUGGUGCAGUUCCAUGCUGGCAAAGAGAGAAGCUCUCUCACAGUUCCUUGUGAUGUUUGGAGAAUGGACUUUGGUGGAUUUGCAUGGAGAUUAGACGUUAAAGCUGCUCUUAGCUUGAGAUUGGGAUCCUAAUUAAUUGUUAGUUAUCAUUAUUAAGUAAGUCGUGAUAAUAUUUUGAUGAGUUUGAGUUGAUUAUCCUAGGUGCUCAUAUAACGAGUGUCACUCAAGUCAAGUGAUGCUUGUUCUUUUUACUAUGGUUUGUGAUGCCGCUGAUGAUAAUCGUUAUGCUUUUGGUUUUGUUAUCUCAACUCUCAAGUGAGAACUGUGAAUAUUAAUCUAUGAUGGGGGAGCUACAGCUACCAUAGUUGUAAAUUGUUGCAUGCAACCUUUGUUAUAAUAUAUGUUAUGAUUUUGAACAAUUAUUUUUGAGCUUUGGAAGAGUUUAUAUAUUUGAAUUAUCCACUGCCGUAACCAUGUAAGUUCCCCAGUGCCCCCUAAUUCUCACUGCCCAGUUAUAUUAUAUGAAUACAAAUAUUACUAUAUGCUUGAUUUGUUGGCU